AUGGCCCCUUCAGCAGUCACCCCACCCUCCGGCCCCUCCUCCUCCUCGCAAAAGCCCACAGCCUAUCUCCUCGACACCAUCCACCCCACCGCCCUCGCCCUCGCCCACAGCCUCUUCAACCUAAUCACGCCCACCUCGCCCUCCCACGCCACCUGGCGUGACCAGGCCCGCUACCUCCUCGUGCGCGGCUCUCACGUCACGGCUUCUGACAUCGCCGCCUCCCCCCAUCUCAAAGCCAUCGGCAAGCAAGGCGUGGGGACCGACAAGAUCGACGCCUCCGCCUGCGCCACGCGGGGCAUCAAGGUCCUCAACACGCCCGGCGUGAAUGCGCGCGCGGUCGCGGAAUUGGUGGUGGCGUUGGCGGCCGGGCUGGCGCGGCAGAUACGCAGUAUUAGCGUCAAGGUGGAUCGCGGGGAGGUGGUGCGCAAGGAGGAGUGUGGUGGGUUGAUUCUGCAUCGCUGCACGGUGGGCGUGAUCGGGAUGGGGAAUAUUGGGAAGACGGUGGCGGGGAUUUUUUGCGGGGGGUAUGAGGCGGAAAUUGUGGCGUAUGAUCCGUACAUGGCGGAGGGGGCGUGGGCGGAGGUGCCGCAUAAGAGGGUGAGGAGCUUGAGGGAGCUGUUGGAGGUGAGUGAUGUGGUGACGGUCCAUGUGCCGUUGACGCCAGAGACGAGGGGGUUGGUUGGGUAUGAGGAUAUGAGGGGGAUGAAGAGGAAUGCGCUGUUGAUUAAUACUGCAAGAGGGGGGAUUGUGGAUGAGGAGGCUUUGGUGAGGGCGCUGGAUGAUGGGUUGAUUUGGGGCGCGGGGCUGGAUUGUCAUGAGCAGGAACCGCCUACGAAGGGGAGGUACGAGCGGUUGUGGAAACAUGAUAAUGUCAUUAGCUUGCCGCAUGUAGGGGCUGCCACUGCGCAGACGCAGAUGGAGACGGCGUGUGCGGCGGUGCAGCGGCUGUAUGAUUACGCGAUAACUCAAGAGCCACAAGUGGAGGAAGUGAGGAUAUAG